AUGGAAUCACGUGGCAGAGCAAGAGGCUGUGCCCAAGUGGACGAGAGUCUCGAGGACGCCAGAAACACCAAAAGCCGCUGUCUAUGCAGACUGUGUCUUGUUGUGAUCCUGGCAAUAGUCACUGCGCCCUACCGCCGAACCUUCAAACUAUACACAUGGAGACCACUGCAGGAGAUGCGUGCAGCACGAGGCGAUCGCAGCGUUCUUGUCCCUUUGAUACGACAAUGGAAAGUAGAGAAGUAUGAGGAGCUGCGAUCAGUACAGGUAUCUGCCAGUUUCUGCGCAGGAGCUGCCUUGGCCGGCAUGCCAUGGUCCAAAACCUCAGACGCUCUCUGGAUCGCGAACUCCCUUUUCGUCAGCUGUCUUCUCUGCUCUAUCUGGGCCAUCAUCUCUUCGAUCCAGACAAAGUCUAUCCUGGACGACUUGCCCGCCAAAGAGGAUCUGGAUUCUAACCUCGCAGAUCCUGAAGUGGUUCGCAUGCAACACACCAUCUUACGGUACAGACGCACUCCUGCUUUCCAGCACUGGGUGAUGUUGUUCAUCUGGCAAUUCCCAUCGAUGACCAUGGCUUACUCAUGGGUCACUUUUCUCUCAGCUCUAACUGUCCACGUGUGCGAUCCUUUCAUCAGGCGCUCACCUUGGUCGGGUAAAAACAAGACAGCUAUAGUAUAUUUGGUAGUUGGUCUUCUCGGCCUGGCCACGUACGUCUUUACGGCCAUCUUCGUGUACAUCAGCGAGAAGGACCUUGAGCAUUACGUUUCAGACACUAAAAAGAAAGAUACGGGCGCCAUAUCACUUCCGGAUUCUUCUUGCAUCGUUAGAACGCCUGGUAGCAGAGAAGAUGGCGUUUCGUUCGAGACGUUUCGCAAGGAUGGCUUCAACGAAGUCGAUCUCGAACGCCAGGCCACAACAGGGAAUACAACGAUACCGGAAAGGCUCGACCACAAAGACAGAAAGAAACCUAGGUUAACCCUAUUUAACUGA